CCUCCUAAUAAUGUUCCCGAGAGGAAAUAUUUCCCAGAAUGCCCUCUGUUCCGCCUCUUUCGCUGUCCGCCAUCUUUGGGAAGCACAUUGAGCUGUAGAAGCCCAUAGAGAACCGACAGCCAUCAUGCAGAACGACGCAGGUGAAGUUGUGGAUCUGUACAUCCCUCGCAAGUGCUCAUCAACCAACCGCAUCAUCGGUGCCAAGGAUCAUGCUUCCAUCCAGAUCAACUUUGCUGAGGUUGACCCGACCACAGGCCGCAUGACUGGACAGUACAAGACGUACGCCAUCUGUGGCUACAUCAGGCAAAUGGGAGAAUCUGAUGAUUGCCUGAAGCGCCUGGCGGUAAAGGAUAAAAUCAUUGACCCAAAAAUGGAUGCCUAGUGAGUCCAGAUGCUGUCCAAACCACAAGACCUGCCAGGAAACUCUUUUGGACAAUAAAAAGUCCAUUUGAAGUCA